AUGCGAAGCCUCCUGCUAAUUGGACUCCUCAUUGUCCACUCCGCCUAUUCUCAGCACCCAACAAGCCAAAUGGCAGUCGUUGAGAAAAUGAACGAGAUGAGAUCACUGUCUGCUGAAAUAGACGAAGUGGCCAAUAUGAAUGAGCUGGUGUACCGUGAGGACUUGGUGCAACUGCUUGCCAAUCAACUCGCCAAGAACAAUGGAUGUCCGGACCGAUCGAUUGUCAUGCGCGAUGGUUAUCACAUUGUGAUCUCCCCACAGAAUGAUGAUGAGUUAACCGCCUUGAAAUUGGCAGCCUUUACUCAAUCUGGUAGCACGGUGAUGGCGUCUGGAAAAUCUAUUUGCUCGCUGAACGGAGAAGAAGUCGUCGGUUAUAUUAUUGAUGCAUCUGACAUCAAACCAGUUCGUGGCAAUCCUGGAACCCGUUGUCCAGUUGGUAGAACCCGCAACGCCAUUGGAUUGUGUGCUCUUGUUGGAAAUGGUCGCCGUGGAUACGUUCGCAAAGACAUCGAUGUCAAUAUUCCAACAAAUAUAUUGGACGUAGAUAUUGAAAUCCCAGACAUCUCGGAUAUUCUCCCUUGGUAA